CACACGCACACACCUGAGCUCACUUCACGCGCUCCUCAGUACACGAGACACAUACAGGGGGAUUUAAUUGACCUUAUUUCUUGGUUUGUUUUGUUAUUAGACGUUUUUACUUAUUCCAUAUAAUAUCCUUUUCUUUUAUCUUACGCAUACAGUAUUUAGGAGUAGCCUAUUAUUGCGUGGAUGACGCAAAAUUCAUCAUAAAAUAGACCUACAUAACCAGAACACCGUGUAUAUGGCUUCAUGUCUUCGUCGAUACCGCCGUCGGAUCCUGUUCUUCUGUUUGCCCUGCAUACUGCUGCUCCCAAUCUACAUUUAUGUCUCGAUUACUUUGUGCAAUAUCAUGACAUAUGGCGCACCUGGAGCUCAUUCUGUGCAGCCGACACACUUUAUGGCCACUGGUCUCAAACUCUCCAGAGAUCUGGCUCCCCAUCCUGCGAAAACCUUCUGGAGAAGCAAGCUAAACAGCGGAGCGCUUUGGAACAUCAUACAGUAUGUGACGGAUUGCCAGCAUAACCCCAUCCUAAACCCUCGUCUGGCUGCAAACCCACCUGGUAUUUCUUAUAAAACAGAAAGGUCCAGAAGAAGCAGGAAUAGAUGCUCUCCAGAUUAUAAGAUGAACAAUACAAUGCCGGAUUUCUUCACUCUACCAUCGCAGAUAAAGGAUUUUGUGACCACCAUGCACUGUCGAAGCUAUCCGCUGAUCAUAGAUGCUUUAGGUGUUAGGUGUGAACGGGCACCAACGUUGCUCCUGGCCAUCAAAACUCAAUCUGCCAAUUUUGCGAACAGAGAAGCGAUAAGAGAAACUUGGGGGCGUUCAGGAAGGAUAAAAAGCCGAGGUGGGCGGCAAAGGCUUGUUCGCAGGGUCUUCCUUCUGGGGAAGUCCAAAGACUUGCAUGUCGAAGAGAAAUUGCAGUUAGAGAGUGAUAAAUAUGGUGACAUCAUCCAAUGGGAAUUCAUGGACACAUUUUUUAACCUAUCCCUGAAGGAUGUGCUGUUCUGGGACUGGUUCUCAAGGCGAUGCCCACAUGCCCGUUUCAUUUUUAAAGGUGAUGAUGAUAUCUUUGUGAGGACGCCCGCUCUUCUAGACUAUCUGCUGGCCGAGGAGGCAAAUGGAAGCUUCUCAAAUGGAUCCAGUAAGUCAAAUAAAAUGGAGACGUUUGUUGUGGGGGACGUGAUAAACAAUGCAGCUCCAAUGCGCUCCAAUGGGACUAAGUACUACAUUCCGGAGAGCUUCUUUAAAGGGCUGUACCCAUCAUACCCUGGUGGAGGGGGGGUGGUUUACUCUGGUUCUCUGGCCCAUAGGCUUUUGGAGGUGUCGCAAAGGGUUCAUCUGUUCCCUAUUGAUGAUGUCUAUCUGGGCAUGUGUCUUCAGAGACUGGGAGUGUACCCUAUCCACCACCCUGCCUUCCUCACCUUUGACUUCCCCAAGGAUGAGCCCAAGGAACCCUGUGCGAAUCAUACAAUCCUCAUGGUGCACAAGCGUAGUCCGGCUGAGAUGUUCCAACUUUGGACCGAAACGUCGACGCCCAGUCCUAAAUGCAGAAAUGCAACGCUGAGAGUCCAAACUGGAGUUCAGUACACAAGACAGAAGCCAGUUCACAACAGGUUUCUUCUCUCCCAGUUCUCAUUCUUACUGAACAGUUGAAAAUUGAUGUUAUGGUCUUUUGAAUGAACUGCUGUAGUUUUGAAUCUUUUUUUAAGUCGCGAUGAAACAGAAGUAGCGACAGAUCUUUUCUUCCAUAUUGUGACGUAAAGAGAAGUCUGCAUUUUAUUGGAAGAUCAAGUUGUGUCAAAAAGUAAAAUAAAAUAAAAUAAUUAAACAUAUGCAUGAGUUGUUCACAUUAAGAUCUAUAACAUGCAUUUAAAAAUAGAUGUGAAUUCUAAAAUUCCUUCUAAGUGUUACUGUAAAUGUAUUACUCUGAGUAUUAAAGGUGCAAAAUUUGGGAGGAUCUAUUGACAGAAAUGCAAUAUAAUAUACAUAACUAUGUUUUCAGUGGUGUAUAAAGACCUUACAUAAUGAACCAUUAUGUUUUUAUUACCCUAGAAUGAGCCAUUUCAAUCUACAUACAUGUCAAGUCGUAAUUUUGCGCCGGCAUGUUUCUACAGCAGCCCUAAAUGGACAAACACUCUACAGAGUGUGUUUCAUCACUAUGUUGUUGUUCUUCUUUGUGUGUUCAAUAUAAUGACGAUGCAAGCUGCCUCUAAAAAAACGAACGAUUUUGAAGAAGUAGUAGUCGUUUGGUUUAUUAGAAGCAGAGACUGUUCUUUGUUAGAAGCAAGAAGAAAAAUCAUUGCUUGACUGGCUAACAUACUCUCUGCUGUCAGACGACAUCUUUGUCUUGUGUCAGCCAGACGGCCACCAUAGCUUAUCUAUUUUGCUUCGAAAGGGAGGGGUGAGCUGCUGUUGGUUGCAGAUUGCAACCUCACCCCUAGAUGCUGCUAAAAUGUACACACUGCACCUUUAAAAGUGCAAUAGGUGAUUCUCUACAGAAACAUUUUUUGUUAUACGGGUUGAAAGUCUCUUCAUAUCACUAUGAUAAAUGUAUUUUUAUAAAUAUGUUGUCUGUGA